AUGAAGAAGGGACACGGCUCACGCACCCUACGCUACACGAGCCAAUCACCCCACAACGCACCAACCGAAGCAGUGUCAUUGGUUAACGACCCAACAAAGGUUUAUGUCGAUCAGGCCGAGCCUUUGUCUUUGCGUGAUGCAUCACAAUGUUUCGUGGUCCUUCUGCUCCCUCACCUUCAGGCUCUUAUUUUGGGGUUCGCCAUCUUGGAUAUAUAUACUGUGGGCCACCGCAACCCAACAUUUAAGGAAAUACGUGAAGGUGAGAAUUUUAAACGGAUAGGGCAAGGGCAAUAG